CCAGGUUCUCAGUAACCUUGUCAAGAAUAGCUUGCUUAAAGGAGUUUUAAGUAUCAUCGCCCAUAUUAUAUAUAUAUGAGGCGGCUAUUAAUAUUACGCUACGGUUAGUUGCUACGAAGAUGCUGCUAGUAUAUAUAGAAUGUUUUUACAAAACAUGGAGCGAUAUGGGGUGUUUGACUUGCCUAUAUAAUCUUUUUUUUGCCCGAUGUGUGUUUCUGUUGCUCCCAAAAUACAGUAGUACGCAUACAGCAUGAAAGGGCAAACAAAGACAUACCCAUGUAUAUAAGAUGGCUUGCAAGCAGCAUAAAUAGUGUUGUCUACUUGUUUCCCAUUUCUACAUGAAAAAAUAUUUGUUUCGAUUGUUUUGCAUGAUGAACCAUAUGGUUCCUGGAUCUUCGACUAGCAUUCUUGGCAAAUUUCUUUCCAUUUCCCUUUCAAAAAAAAUCCUUCUAUUUCUAAAACUGGAAGUGAAGAGAUUUUUAUUUCAUGAUGAGUCAUUUGCAUUCUUGGGUUUGGCCUGGUUGGCGUUUGCUCUUCUACCACACUUGGAUUGGCCACGCUCUCCUUCCUUCGCGUGCUUUCGCGAUGGCGACCACCGACACGACGACGACGGAGGCGCCGGCGACGGUGGGCGGCUAUGAGCUACUGGAGCGCCUGGGCGGGCGCCCGCCGUCCACGGUCGUGUGGCGCGCGGUCUCACGCUCCACCGGUGCGCCCGUGGCCGUGAAGCAGGUGCGGCUCGCCGGCCUCCCCGCCCGCCUCCGCGACAGCCUCGACUGCGAGGUCCGCUUCCUCGCCGCCGUCAGCCACCCCAACAUCAUCCGCCUCAUCGAUGUCAUCCAGACGCAGAGCUGCCUGUACCUCGUCCUGGAGCUGUGCGAGGGAGGGGACCUGGCGGCCUUCAUCCGGCGCAACGGGAGGGUAGACGAGCGCGUGGCCAGGAAUUUCAUGAAACAAAUUGGAGCUGGCUUACAAGUGCUGCGCCGGCACCAUGUCGUCCACCGGGACUUGAAACCUCAGAAUAUCCUACUGUCUUCUCCGAGCAGCGAUGCAGUCCUUAAGAUAUCUGAUUUUGGCCUUGCAAGGGUUCUUCGUCCUGGGGAGUAUGCAGACACAGCUUGUGGCUCUUGUUUGUACAUGGCCCCAGAAGUGAUGCUGUUUCAAAAGUACGAUGACAAGGUAGACAUGUGGAGUAUCGGCGCGAUCCUGUUUGAGCUCUUGAACGGCUAUCCCCCAUUCGAAGGCAGAAGUAAUGUGCAGCUACUUCAAUGCAUAAACAGAAGCGCAUCUCUUCCGUUCUCCAAACCUCUGCUGUCCAGCUUGCGUCCCGAUUCUGUUGAAAUGUGCACGAGACUACUCUGCGCAAAUCCAGUGAGGAGGCUGUCCUUCCAAGAAUUCUUGGACCACAGCUUCUUCAGAGUAUGAAUGCCAGCCACGCUGAGAAAUGGACGGGAGUUGAGAACCAUGUGAUGCUGUACUCCUACUGUUUGGUCUUCUGUUGUACUACUUGACGCGGGUGUUGAUCUGACUGUAAAGCUUCAGAGAGCUUGUUUCCUCGGGAUUAUGUACACAGAAUGUGAAUGUGUGCAUUGUGGUCAUCUGUAUCUGUUCUCUCCCAUUUUUUGAUCGAGGAGCCCAUCAACAUCUGAAGAUCUCCCUGGUGAAGACCAUGUUGCCUGUUGAAGAAGCCUUGUCCGCUCCGCAAUAACCAGGCAGAGCCCAGGAAAGGAGCCCCUCCUUGAUCCAGUAACCUGGCCUGACUGAAACCCAGCCAGCAGAGGCGAGCUGUUUGCCGUGGCAUUUGGCGCGCAUCCCACAAAUGGAGCGGCGGAAGAUGAUCGCCGAUCUCCUCAGGGCAAGCGCCAAAAGCUCGGCCCUCCGCGGCGGCGUCCAGCUGCACGCCGCCCUAACGAAGCUGGGGUUCGGGUCGGACACCAUGCUCAGCAACAACCUGAUCGACAUGUACGCCAAGUGCGGGAAGCUGGCCAUGGCAGCCGAGGUGUUCGACGGAAUGCCCGGGAGGAACGUGGUCUCCUGGACUGCCCUCAUGGUGGGCUUCCUGCAGCAAGGGGAGGCCAGGGAGUGCCUCAGGCUGCUCGGCGAGAUGCGGGCCUCCUCCGAGGCCGCGCCGAAUGAGUACACGCUCUCGGCGAGCCUCAAGGCCUGCGGCGUUGCCGGCGACACGAGCGCCGGUGUCCGGAUCCAUGGAGUCUGCGUCAGGACGGGGUACCAGGAGCACCACGUCGUCGCCAACUCGCUGGUGCUUAUGUACUCCAAGGGUGGCAGGAUCGGCGACGCACGGCGAGUGUUCGACGGAACCGCCUUCAGGAACCUCAUCACCUGGAACGCCAUGAUCUCCGGGUACGCGCACGCCGGCCGUGGCAGGGACGCGCUGCUCGUGUUCCGGGAGAUGCAGUACGGGAGGGAGGAGGAGGCUGACGAGUUCACCUUUGCCAGCUUGCUGAAAGCUUGCAGCGGCCUUGGCGCUGCGCGCCAGGGCGCGCAGGUUCAUGCGGCCAUGACGGCUAGAGGGUUCUCCGCGGCCUCCAAUGCCAUCCUCGCCGGCGCGCUGGUGGACCUGUACGCCAAAUGCCGGUGCCUGCCGGUGGCAAUGCAGGUGUUCGAGAGCUUGGAGAGGAAGAACGCCAUCCAGUGGACGGCGGUGGUCGUCGGCCACGCGCAGGAGGGGCAGGUGAGGGAAGCAAUGGAGCUGUUCCGGCGGUUCUGGAGCUCCGGCGUCCGAGCUGACGCCCAUCUUCUGUCCGGUGUGGUGGGCGUGCUGGCGGAUUUUGCGCUGGUGGAGCAGGGCAGGCAAGUUCACUGCUACACUGUCAAGAACCCGGGCGGGCUGGACGUGUCACUGGGCAACUCCAUGGUCGACAUGUACCUCAAGUGCGGGCUGGUGGACGAGGCGCAACGGCUGUUCCACGAGAUGCCGGCGAGGAACGUCGUCUCGUGGACGGCGAUGAUCAAUGGCCUCGGGAAGCAUGGACUCGGCCGUGAAGCCAUCGGCAUGUUCCAACAGAUGCGAGCAGAUGGCGUGGAGCCUGACGAGGUGGCCUACCUGGCGUUGCUGUCGGCGUGCAGCCACGCCGGCCUUGUCGAGGAGUGCCGGUUCUACUUCUCAAGGAUCCUGCAGGAACGCAGGAAAGCAGAGCACUAUGCGUGCAUGGUCGACCUCCUCGGCCGCGCAGGAGAGCUCAGGGAGGCAAGGGACCUCAUCCUGACGAUGCCCGUGGCGCCGACCGUCGGCAUAUGGCAGACGCUCCUGAGCGCGUGCAGGGUGCACAAGGACGUCGCCGUGGGCCGGGAGGCAGGCGACGUCCUCCUCGCCAUCGACGGCGACAACCCAGUGAACUACGUCAUGCUGUCCAACAUCUUGGCGGAGGCCGGCGACUGGCGUGCGUGCCACAAGGUGAGAGACGCCAUGAGGCGCAAGGGGCUCAGGAAGCAGGGCGGGUGCAGCUGGGUGGAGCUCGACAAGGAGGUGCACUUCUUCUACGGCGGCGGCGACGACACGCACCCGGAGGCCAGCGACAUCCGCCGCGUCCUGAGGGACGUCGAGAGGAGGAUGCGGGAGCAGCUGGGGUACAGCGCCGACGCGCAGUUGGCGCUGCACGACGUCGACGAGGAGUCGCGUGUAGAGAGCCUGCGGGUGCACAGCGAGCGGCUCGCCGUCGGGCUGUGGCUUCUGCGCAACAGCGACGGACAGGACAAGGUGAUCAGGGUGUACAAGAACCUGCGGGUGUGCGGAGACUGCCAUGACUUCUUCAAGGGCUUGUCGGCUGUCCUCAAGAGGGUGUUGGUGGUAAGAGACGCCAACAGGUUCCAUCGGUUCGAGCAGGGCGCGUGCUCCUGUAGGGACUACUGGUGACUCGACAGCACUGCGCCCGCCCAAAUCUGACAUUGUAUUCCCUUUCUCUAGUUCUAUUUUGAUCUGAUCAGCGGCAACCAGAUGUUCAGUUAUUGGGCAAUAUCCAGCCUCAUUUCCCGGCUGGCAUGAUGGGAACUAUCCCCAUUUAUUGGACGAACAGUCAUAUACCAUACAUCAUGGACAACAAGCAA